CGGUCUGGCGGUGUGUUGCCAUGUGUGCAGGAUUCAUACCCCAAUAAUUUCGGAGGGAGAAGCAGUCAGUUUAUGUGGACGCAGCCAGUGUCUUUAGAAACAGCCUUGGAUUUAAUCACAAUUUGUAUCGGAGCCGCCUUUGUAGGCUCAAGGUCCAAAGGUCUGGGCGCUUAGUCAUUUUUAGGAGCUCUGUGGUGUCACAACUUUUGAUUUCACUCCUCUCGAGAGAAGUGACCGCCGUGGUGCAAUUCGCUGUGCACCGUAGAGGCUUUACAAGUUCCCCAACUUGUGAAAGAAGGCCGUGACUGAACAAAAAAUGUCAGCCACACGAAUGCAGCUGCUGUCACCCCGAAACGUGCGGCUUUUGAGCCGGGGGCGAAACGAAUUGUUAGCCGGGGCUGGCCCCAGGGUCUGCUCACUCACCUCUCCCCCUCUGUCGUCCUCCUCUCCCGGCAGAGCUUUGUCGAGUCUGAGUGCGACGCGGCGUGGGCUCCCCAAAGAGAAAAUGUCCGAGAACGGAGUGUCACCCCGGGCCAAGGUGUUGACCAUCGACAACAUGAACCCCACGGUGAAGAACGUGGAGUACGCCGUGCGGGGCCCCAUCGUGCAGCGGGCUCUGGAGCUGGAGAGGGAGCUCUCUGAGGGAAUGAAGAAGCCCUUUGUUGAGGUCAUCAAGGCCAACAUUGGUGACGCGCAUGCUAUGGGCCAGCAGCCAAUCACCUUCUUCAGACAGGUCUUGGCGCUGUGCUCCUACCCUGAACUGCUGAAUGACAGCUCAUUCCCAGAGGAUGCUAAAAGUAGAGCACGACGCAUUCUGCAGUCCUGUGGAGGGAACAGUAUGGGUUCCUACAGUGCCAGUCAGGGCAUAGAGUCAGUGCGACAGGAUGUGGCUCGCUACAUUGAGCGAAGAGAUGGCGGUGUGCCCUGCGACCCAGACAACAUUUUUCUCACCACAGGGGCCAGCGACGGCAUUGUGACCAUGCUGAAGCUCCUGGUGUGUGGCGAAGGUGAGACCCGUACGGGGGUCAUGAUCUCCAUUCCUCAGUAUCCGCUGUACUCGGCUGCGCUGGCUGAACUGGCCGCCGUGCAGGUCAACUAUUACCUUAAUGAGGAAAAGUGCUGGAGUAUGGACCUCAGCGAGCUGCAGCGCUCCCUGGAUGAAGCCCGGCGUCACUGCAAUCCCCGAGCCCUCUGCGUCAUCAACCCUGGAAACCCCACCGGUCAGGUUCAGAGCAGACAGUGCAUUGAGGAUGUAAUCCGAUUUGCUGCAAAGGAGCGCCUCUUCCUCAUGGCCGAUGAGGUGUACCAGGACAAUGUGUACGCUGAGGGUUGCCAGUUCCACUCCUUCAAGAAGGUUCUGUUCGACAUGGGGCCGGAGUACUCGGAUAUAGUGGAACUGGCAUCUUUUCACUCCACCUCCAAAUGUUACAUGGGAGAGUGCGGCUUCCGUGGAGGCUACAUGGAGAUCAUCAACUUGGACGAGGAGGUGAGGGCUCAGCUCACUAAGCUGGUGUCCGUCCGUCUGUGUCCUCCUGUUCCUGGACAGGCUCUGAUGGACCUGGUGGUCAACCCCCCGCAGAUCGGGGAGCCCUCGUAUGACAAGUUUAUGAAGGAGCGCACCGCGACCUUAAGUGUCUUAGCGGAGAAGGCCAAGCUUACAGAGCAGGUUCUCAACACAGUGAAUGGGAUCAGCUGCAACCCUGUGCAGGGCGCUAUGUACUCCUUCCCUCGCAUCUCCAUCCCUGAAAAGGCCAUCAAGGAGGCCACGGACAAAGGUCAGCAGGCAGACAUGUUUUACUGCAUGAAGCUGCUGGAGGAGACGGGGAUCUGCCUCGUGCCGGGAAGCGGCUUCGGGCAGAGGGAUGGAACGUACCAUUUCAGAAUGACCAUCUUGCCAUCGACAGACAAGCUGAAGAUCCUGCUCAACAAAGUCAAGGAGUUUCACCAGAAAUUCACAGAGCAGUAUUCUUAAAUGGCCACAUCCAUUUCUCUUUUUACUAGAGCCGAAACCCACCAAACAAAACAAAAAGAACUCAGCCAAUCAGAAUAUAUCUGUCACUAUUAAGUGCCUUUCCUACGUCGGCUCUUGUGGUCUCUGUGAUGACACACUUCAGCCUCCACAGAUAUCUCAUCCGGUACUUCACACACAGUAAACAAGCCACUGUUUUGUGUUUGGGGAAAAACUGGAAAUGAAGAAAUGAAUUCAGAACGUGUGUAAAGUUUGGUAUGAAAAAUACGGUUUCAACUUUGAAGGAUUUAUGAACUGAAGGUCUGUGUAUUUGUGCAUUUCAGCGAUAGAUUGUCAACGUGAAUAAUAAGCUAAAAAUAAAUAUGUACAGAUGAAGGAAAAGGUGACUGCCUUUUUAAACCAUUCAUGUGAACAACUGGUUAUAAUCUUACAUUCCUGCAGGACGUACUUGACAGGGAGAAUACACAAACAAAUUAGCUAUUUCAUGAUGAUUCAGAGGUGAUUUUGUAGUUUUAAUAAAUGUAACAGCUGUUA